CCAGCCGGUGCGCCCUCCAGUCGCACUCGCUGACGCUCGGAGCCUCCGGGAGCCCUGGUAGCCGCCGCCGGGCACCCACAGCCCGCUCCGCGCUCCACGCAAGUGCUUCUCGGACCCCUUACCCGGCCAUGUCGUCCAACAGCCGCGUGGCGCUCGUGACCGGGUCCAACAAGGGCAUCGGCUUCGCCAUCGCGCGGGCCCUGUGCCGCCAGUUCUCGGGGGACGUGGUGCUCACGGCGCGGGACCCGGCGCGGGGCCGGGCGGCCGUGCAGCAGCUGCAGGCCGAGGGCCUGAGCCCGCGCUUCCACCAGCUGGACAUCGACGACCUGCAGAGCAUCCGCGCCCUGCGCGACUUCCUGCGCCAGGAGUACGGGGGCCUGGACGUGCUGGUCAACAACGCGGGCAUCGCCUUCAAGGGGAAUGAUCCCACACCGUUUCAUAUUCAAGCAGAAGUGACCAUGAAAACCAACUUUUUUGGUACCCGAAACGUCUGCACGGAGCUGCUGCCUCUCGUGAAACCCCAAGGCAGAGUGGUGAAUGUGUCGAGCAUGGUGAGUCUCAGAGCUCUGAAAAACUGCAGCCCCGAGCUGCAGCAGAGGUUCAGAAGCGACACCAUCAGCGAGGAGGAGCUGGUGGGGCUCAUGAACAAGUUCGUGGAAGAUACUCGGAACGGGGUGCACCAGAGGGAGGGCUGGCCCAACACUGCGUACGGUGUCACCAAAAUCGGCGUCACGGUCCUGUCCAGGAUCCACGCCAGGAACCUGAGUGCGCACAGGAGCGGGGACAAGAUCCUCCUGAAUGCCUGCUGCCCAGGGUGGGUGAGAACCGACAUGGCCGGACCUAAAGCCACCAAAAGCCCAGAGGAGGGCGCAGAGACGCCUGUGUUCCUGGCCCUUUUGCCCUCCGAUGCUGAGGGGCCUCAUGGACAGUUUGUUAUGGAGAAAAAGGUUGAACAAUGGUGAGCUCCCCCAAACCCCCUCUGUGGGCCCCAUUGUGUUAUCUGUCCUGAACUGACCAAAAGGACAUGCACACUGUCACCUCAUUUCUAUCCGAAUAUAUAUAUUGUUCAUGUGAGAAGCAUUCA